AUGGUUUACCCUUCAGAUAAACAAAAAGAAGCAGCGUAUUCAUCCACCGAUGACGCAGGCCUGGGAGCCCCUCCAUCCUACGAAGAAGCCGUGCCAAAUGCCGCUCAAGACGCACUACCAGAAUACACCACCCCAUCAAACAAUAACCACCCAGCCGGGUCCUCAUCAUCCACCGCCCUCGCAGCCGCAACGAUCAAAUUUCCGCCCACACUAAACUGCUAUUUCCAAUGGGCCUUUACGCGAACCUUUAUCCUCGGCCCCUCCAACGAAGAGAAGCUCUUCGCAGCGUCGCUGCACUCGGGCUUCCGCACCAAAAGGAGGGAAAUCAACCUCCACGACGGGCCCUCGGACAAGCACCCCGUCCUCGCGACGAUCGGUAAGCCGUGGACCGCCAAGACCCAGACCUCUGCGACGAUCACAAUCCCGCCCCGGCCAGAACGCGGCGAUACGACAGCAUUCGAGACGGAGAUUAGCGGCGUCCCGUUCAGCCUGGACCAGACGGCCGCGCGCGUCUUCUCGAUCGCCGUCGGGGGCAAGCAGACGGGGACGGAGCCGAGGACCGAGAGGUUCCAGUGGAGGAACAGCCGGGGCGGGGAGGUCUCUGAGCUCGCUCACGGGGGCACCUACGGGUGGAAGCUGGUGCGGUUGUCCGACGUGGCUGCCGGCGCCGGCGUCGGCGCCGCUGGCGGGAGCCGACGGGAGAGGGACGCCGGGUUCACCAGCGAUGGCCACGAGAUUGUCGCGGUCCUGUCGACGAACUUUAAGAGUUUGACCAAGGGGUUGAAGUUUUCAUUUGCCGGGUCGGGUUUGACGGGUACGUUGGGGGAGAAAUGGGAAAUUGUCACGGUCGCGACCGCGUUGUGGACCUGGUAUGCCCACAUAGAGGGCAGCGAGCAUGCAUGA